CGCAGGCGCAGUUGCGGCUGGGCGCGGGGCCGGCGGCGGGUGGUGACGGCAGCGGGCGGUCGAGGCAAUGAGUCGCCGCGGCGCGGUACAGCGGAAGGUGCCGUGUCUGUUCGUGACCGAGGUGAAGGAGGAGCCGUCGGCCAAGCGGGAGCGGCAGCCAUUUAAAGUUUUGGCAACUGAAACUAUAACUGGGAAGGCGUUAGAGGCAGAUAUAUACAACGCAAUUCCUACUGAAAAGGUGGACGGGACCUGCUGUUAUGUAACCACCUAUAAAGGGCAACCCUAUCUCUGGGCCCGGCUGGAUCGAAAACCCAACAAACAAGCUGAGAAACGGUUUAAACGAUUCUUGUAUUCGUUGGAAGAUUGCAAAGAAUUUGUUUGGAAUGUUGAAGAGGAUUUCAAGCCUGUUCCAGAUACCUGGAUUCCAGCAAAGGACAUAGAGUUUUCUAAUGGCAAUCCUUUGCCCGAUGAAAACGGACAUAUGCCAGGUUGGGUGCCUGUGGAGAAAAAUAGUAAGCAGUAUUGCUGGCACUCAUCUGUUGUAAAUUAUGAGGCUGAAAUAGCGCUGGUAUUGAAACACCAUGCUGACCCAGGGCUUCUGGAAAUCAGUCCAGUGCCGUUAUCAGAAAUUUUAGAACAAACAUUGGAGCUUAUUGGGACCCAUAUUAAUGCAAAUCCAUAUGGAUUAGGAAGCAAGAAGCAGCCAGUACAUCUUCUUGUACCACAUGGAGCGUUUGAAAUAAAGAAUCCACCUACUUUGAAACAAAAUGACAUAAUGUCUUGGUUUGAAGGCUGCAGUGAGGGUAAAGUUGAAGGAAUUGUGUGGCACUGCCAUGAUGGGUGUUUAAUCAAGCUCCAUCGCCAUCAUCUUGGUUUACGCUGGCCACUUGCAGAGACAUACCUGAGUUCUCAGCCUGUUGUAAUUACUUUUAAUAGAACUAAAUAUGACUGUGACUUCGAACCAAAGAGUUUGUUUCACCAUUUUUCAAACUUGGAUGGCCAAAGAUUUGACAGACUUAAAGAUAUCAAGUUUGUUGCUUGAAAUGAUCUUUCUCUUUUAGUUGUCAUUUGUGCUGCAUUCCUCUCGUGUCUACCACUGAACUCUUUACAAAUAAUCUUGUAGCUUAGGCAGCAGCCUAGGUACUGUUUUUCCUAAAUGACUGAUUUUAUAUAACAAGAGAUCUGACAUCCAGAGCAGAGAUCUAGCUUUCAGCAUGUUUAUGUUUAGUUCUAAAAAAAUCCUUAAAUUUUGAUCCUAUUUCUGGAAACUGUUAUAAUUAAGUGUAAGAAGUAUGUUGUUUAACACUGGCUGGUCCUAAUAGCUUAGCUAAUUAAUGCAGUCAACUGUGAAAGUUCCAUAGGUUGCACUUCUAUAAAUAUAAUCAUUAUGAUACUGUUACAUGUAGGAUUCAGAUUUAGGAUCUAGUUGUUCCUUAACAGUGAAGGACAUAUUUCAGGUGGGACCAGAAUUAGUCCUGAUAUUUGAUACUUUUUUUUUUUUAAAGGUGUAACAAUUCCUUUUGGGGGAAAAUUUUCACUCUGUUAUUUAACAGUAAGCUGCAGCAUUAUACAGUUACUAGAAAACCUAAUUAAGCAUUAUCCUGCAGGUACUUCCACUCUUUUGGGACAAAGGGAGUAAACAGAACUAGUAUACUUUCUAUUGUUUUGGAGAUCCUUAGUAAUUAGGGAGAGACAAGACUUGGCUUAGUAAUACCCAUUUUCAGACUGCAUCUCAAUUAGGAAACUUCAUCAAGAGCAUAUUAAGAUGGCAUAUAAACAAUAAAGGUGAGACUGCGUGAUCA